GAGAGCAGCUGCGUGGCUUCUGAGCGCGGGCCAAGUGCGCCUCUCGCCUUCCCCGGGCACGGGCUGGAAGGGGCCGGCCUUUCCUCCCUCUCUGCCCUCCCCGGAGGCGGCCACUGCUGCUGCUGCUCCUCCUCCCCGCCGGCGUCCCGAGGCUCCCAGUCCGACUCCGGCCGUCUCCAUCGCGGGCGAGAUGCGGGCGCAGCUGCUGCCGCUGUUGCUACUUGCAGUUUUCUCCGCGCUCGGCUCCUGCCUGCUCAGCCUCCAGGAAGAGGAAUUUCUCUUCAAGACAUGGAUAUCUCAGAACAACAAGCGGUACAGCCUGGAGGAGUAUCAGCAGCGCUUUCAGAUCUUCCUUAGUAACAAGCAGAAGGUUGAGAAGCACAAUGCUGGGAAUCAUACCUUCCAAAUGGGUCUGAACCAGUUUGCAGACAUGACAUUUGCUGAAUUCAGGAAAAAGUAUCUCUGGCGCGAGCCCCAGAACUGCUCAGCCACCAUUGGCAACUUCAUCAGCCGUGGUGGGGCAUGUCCAAAAACCAUAGACUGGAGGAAGAAAGGAAAUUUUGUGACACCUGUGAAAAAUCAGGGUCCCUGUGGCAGUUGCUGGACUUUCUCAACCACUGGGUGCUUGGAGUCUGCUAUUGCCAUCGCAACUGGAAAGUUACUGGACCUGGCUGAACAGCAACUGGUUGACUGUGCUCAGGCUUUCAACAACCAUGGAUGUAGUGGGGGACUCCCUAGCCAGGCGUUUGAAUACAUCCUGUACAACAAAGGGCUGAUGGGGGAGGAUGACUACCCAUACACCGCACAGAACGGGACCUGCAAAUUCCAAGCUCGGAAGGCCAUUGCAUUUGUCAAAAAAGUCGUCAACAUUACACUGAAUGAUGAGCAAGGCAUGGUGGAAGCUGUGGGGAGGUACAAUCCAUUGAGCUUUGCCUUUGAAGUGACAGACGACUUUAUGUUAUACACGAAGGGUGUUUACUCCAGCAAACACUGUGAAAAAACUCCAGACAAAGUCAAUCAUGCUGUCCUGGCUGUAGGCUAUGGAGAGGAGAAUGGCCUUCUGUACUGGAUUGUCAAAAAUUCCUGGGGCCCCUCGUGGGGCAUGGACGGAUACUUCUAUAUUGAACGUGGAAAGAACAUGUGUGGCCUUGCUGACUGUGCAUCCUACCCAGUCCCUCUUGUCUAAAAGCUGGCCUGGAUUUUGGUGCCAGGGAACUGGUAGUGAUGGGUCGCUACGCUGAAAAUUGAAGCUGGAAUGAAGUUCAUCAGUGCCAAGAAGCAGGGCCAUUUUUCUCAAAAUAGAUUUUCAAGCACAAAUCUCCUCUACUUGUGUAUCUGAUACUGUGAAAAAGUUUUUGACCCAAGUGGAUGCACUUUCCUAAUUCCCUGUGCAUUUUGUUUUUCUCAUAUACAGUGGUACCUCACAAGACGAAUGCCUCGCGCAAUGAAAAACUCGCAAGCCGAAAGCGUUUUGCGAUCUUUUUGUUGACUCGCAAGACAAUUUUUUCUAUGGCCGUGCUUCGCAAAACUUUUUUUUUUUUGCUUUACUUUGUUUACAUUGGAAAACCCCAAGACGAAAUUUCCGCAAUACAAAACGACUCGCGGAACGAAUUAAUUUCGUCUUGCAAGGCAUCACUGUAGUUGUCACCUUAUCCAAAAUCAUGCUCCUUUUCUUAAGAUUUUCCUUAUUCCCUACCAUUCCCCUUGCAUGACCUCAGGGCAGCUCACACAAUCAUAAAUAUCCAGCACUAAAACCAAGAGUAAAAUCACAGUUUGCAACAAAAUCCAGUAAAAAUUAAUGUAUCACAGCCAGCAAUAAGUUAGGUAGGCCAAUUGCUCUUAUGUUUUGAAGACAGACAAAUUUUUAACUACUGUCUGAACACAGACCAACUGAAACAAGGUGGGAGAAAUAAGUUCCAUAAGUGGGGGGUCAUGUGCACCUUUUACACCCUUAGAUAACUUCUUGAUGGGCUCAUUGCUUUGUCUUUGUGUGUCCCAACCCCACUUUUUCUGCUUUCCAGAAACACCUUAGUGAUAUACUUGAAAUCUGUUAUCUCCCUUUCAGCAACCUCAGUGAGGCCUCAACCCAUAUGCUAAGAAAUGCUGAGUUCUGACCAAUUA